UAUUUGAGACCAAACGCUCAAUUCAUUGGUGAACAACAAUCAGGUAAAUCAAGAUUUCAUAUUAAAGUUGAAUUUAAAACAGUUGAUCUUUUAAAUUCAACCGUUACAGGAUUUUUACAAAUUUCAGGCUUAACUGAAGAUCAUUCUGAAAUUAUAACUUGUUUUAAAGGUGAAAUCAUUAAUAAUCCUUUAAAUAAAUAUCAUUGGAGAAAUAAUCAUCCUAAAUCAAAUAUUCAUCCUGAUCAAAUAAUUAGAAAAUAUUCAUUCAUUACGGAAAAUAAACAAUGGGGAUCAUAUAUGAAGAAUGAUUUUGAACAUUGGAAAAAAUUAAUUAAUUUAAAUGAUUUAGAUGAUGAUUUAUUAAUGAAACGUUUAAUUAAAAUUCAAAAUGGUGAAGAAGAUAAUCAAUAUAUUUAUAUGAGAUGGAAAGAAGAAUUUUUAUUACCUGAUUCAAGAAUAAAACAAAUUAGUGGAGCAUCAUUUGAUGGAUUUUAUUAUAUUGUAUUGAAUAUUGGAUCCAAUGAAUUGUUUGAAAUUGAUGCAAACGAUAACUCCUCCAAUUCAACUAGCAACACUUAUAAUUGUAUGAUUCCAGGUUCAAUAAGUGGAUUAUAUUAUCAUAAAACUUCAGAAAAGUUCCAAUCUUUAAGUCUUCGCCAUAUUGAUGAUCAUGGAGCUUCAGGUUCAUUCCAAUUCUCUUAG